UGAUUAGCGAAACUUAAGCGACUGAGGGUGUCAUGGUCUUGCCUUCGCUAAAGGGAUCCCCCUGCACCCACCGUAUUCACUACUGAACCCACGAUUUUCAAGCCAUUGGCAAAUUACUGUGUCUAUAAUAGUCUCUUUAAUUAUUACUAAAGGAACUCGUUCAGCAGAGAGAAGACCUGGGGAAAGGGGACUUGCAUAGUACACGUAUUCAAAUCCAAAAGAGAGUCGAUAUAUGUCCACGGUUCCGAAGGGCAAAGCCUGGCAGAGUCAACCUGAUAGAAAAACUCCAGUUUAUCAGAACUGCCCAUCAAUCCUACGGACAAAUCCAUGCCAGGGGAGCCUUCCUCCCCGGACACUCAACCCCUAGGUUACCACCCCCUCUGUGGAGCGCCCGAGCUCGCAUCCCCACUGCGACCUAAAGCCACCUCCCCGAGAGCCUCCCCUGCUAAAGCCCUGCCAGCACCUGCCCCACGGCUGCAGGAAGCUCACGGCCGUCUCCUGGCAACCGCAGACGCGGAGCCAGGGUCGCAGAGCCGGCUCCUAGCUCAGAGCUCAGCCGCUGCCUGGGUCCUCCUCUGCCAUGACCACCAAACAAACCAGAAAGAAAGAGGUGCAUCCUAUCAACUCGGCGCACGGAUCGGAUAAAUCUAAAGAUCAGUUCCCUUUUGGCAGUAAUGUGCAACCCAGUGAACAGAAGAAGGGGAAAUUUCCAAUCUGGCCAGAAUGGAGCGAGGCAGACAUAAAUGCUGAAAAGUGGGAUGCAGGCAAAGGUGCAAAAGAAAAGGACAAAACAGGGAAAAGCCCUGUACUUCAUUUUUUUGAAGACCCUGAAGGAAAGAUUGAAUUACCACCAUCAUUGAAAAUUUAUUCCUGGAAACGUCCACAGGAUUUUUUAAUUAAUCAGGCUCCAGUGGUUGUGAAAAACGAAAUCCUGUUUGACUUGUUUUCAGCAAAUGAGCAUUUACUCUGCAGUGAGCUGAUGAGAUGGAUUAUCAGCGAAAUCUACGCCAUGUGGAAGAUAUUCAAUGGGGGUGCUUUGAACAAUUAUUUUAAAGGGACUGCAGCGGAACCUCCUCUUCUGGUCUGGAAGCCCUGGGAACACAUUUACUCUCUGUGCAAGGCUGUGAAGGGUCACAUUCCCUUGUUCAAUAGCUAUGGAAAGUAUGUUGUGAAACUUUACUGGAUGGGUUGCUGGAGAAAGAUAACUAUUGAUGACUCUCUGCCUUUUGAUGAAGAAAACAAUCUGUUGCUUCCAGCUACAACCUAUGAAUUUGAACUUUGGCCAAUGCUUUUGUCUAAAGCUAUCAUUAAGCUGGCAAAUGUGGACAUCCAUGUAGCGGAGAGGAGAGAACUGGGAGAGUUCACAGUGAUUCACGCACUCACAGGAUGGUUACCAGAAGUCAUUUCUCUCCACCCAGGAUAUACGGACAAAGUUUGGGAGCUCUUGAGAGAAAUAUUGCCCGAGUUUAAGCUGUCAGAUGAGUCCAGCUCUGAAAGCAAAAUAACAGACAUAGAUGCCAAAUUAAAAGAACAAGGAAAAGACAUGAAGGAUGGGAAAGAAGUGAAAGAUGGCAAAGAAAUGAAAGAUGGCAAGGAAUUCAAACCUGAAGGUUCAGCAACAACACUAAAAUUACCUGAGAAAAGUGACAGAGUUUUAAAGGCUGAUGCAAAAGACCUUGGAAAGAAGAGGAGUAAAGAUGGAGAGAAGGAAAAAGAAAAGGAAAAAUUCAAAUGGUCUCUUCAUGGUUCAAGGCCCUCAUCAGACGUACAAUAUUCUCUACAGUCUCUGUCAGAUUGUAAGUUCUCAGCUGAUUCUGCUGAGAAGCUUAGGGAAUAUGGGCUUUCCCACACCUGUAGCCAUCCUGUGCUGGUGACAAGAACUAGGUCUUGCCCGCUUAUAGCACCACCAAAACUACCUCCUAUACCUCCGUGGAAACUCCUUCGUCAAAAAAAGGAAACUGUUAUAACAGAUGAAGCUCAAGAAUUAGUAGUAAAGAAGCCUGACCAGUUUCUUGAGAUUUCAAGUCCAUUUUUGAAUUAUAGAAUGACUCCAUUUACAAUCCCAACAGAAACUCAUUUUGUACGAACUUUGAUUAAGAAAGGGGUGCUUCCAGGAUCUGGUUUAUCUUCCCUUACUGAAAAUGAUGAAACUACAACCUUUAGCCAGACAGACUUAAGUCAAUUGACAAGAAAUAUGUCUCAGGGUAAUGCUGCUUCACAAGCUAUACUCAGAAAAGAUGAACUACCAGACUAUGGAUUGAAUGAUGCAGCCCAUCCAGCUGAAGGAAUCAAUCUGGAAAGAGAUUUGGUCAGCCAGACAACAGCAACACAGGAAAAAUCAAAGGAGGAACUUGCAACAGUAAAUAAUGGUGUUUCUAAAGAAAUAUGGUUAGAUUUUGAAGACUUCUGUGUAUGCUUUCAGAAUAUAUAUAUUUUCCACAAGCCAAGUUCAUAUUGCCUUAACUUUCAAAAAUCAGAAUUCAAGUUCUCAGAUGAACGUGUGUCCUACUAUCUAUUUGUGGACAGUCUAAAGCCCAUUGAACUACUGAUUUGCUUUUCUGCAUUGGUACGCUGGGGAGAAUCUGGAGCUUUAACAAAGAACAGCCCUCCCAUACAGCCUGGACUACUUACAGUUGAGAGAGUUUCUUGGAAAUCUCUGAGGCCACAUGAUCUUGUUGUGACAAUUCACACGUAUGCUACCAAGGCUACAGUGGUUCGCCUGCCUGUUGGGAGACACAUGCUGCUCUUCACCGCAUACUCCCCCGUGGGGCACUCCAUACACAUCUGCGGCAUGGUGACCUUUGUCGUCGGGGAUGAAGAUGUCGUGCUACCCAACUUUGAACUGGAGAGCUACCGAUUUACACAGCGGGCUUUAACAAUUUUGAAAGCUGUUGGACAUGGCAUCGCUAAUUUCGAAGAUAAGGCUAAACUUUCUGCAGCCCUGAAGGAUCUACAAACAGCUCACUACCCUAUUCCCCUCCAGGAUAAAAAACUAACUGCACAGCACUUCCGGGUUUUUCGUAUUUCUUUAUGGCAUUUAAUGAAAAAAGCUCAAAUAGCAAAACCUCUUCCCAACCUCAAAUUUGCAUUCCGUGCUAUGGUUUUGGACUUGGACUUACUUGAUUCUUCUUUGGAAGAGGCUUCUUUAGCGGAAUGGGUAGAUGUUAAAUAUAAUGUGUCAAUAAGUGACAAAGAGUAUUCUCCUGAGGAAGUAGCAGCAGCAAUUAAAAUUCAAGCCAUGUGGAGAGGGACGUACGUCAGAUUACUUAUGAAAGCUAGAACACCAGGCACAAAGGAAAAUACCAGUGUUGCAGAUACUCUUCAGAAAGUUUGGGCUGUGCUGGAACAGAAUAUAGAACAGUAUGCGAUUUCUCUCUUAAGACUAAUGUUUAAAAGUAAGUGCAAGUCUAUGGAAUCUUAUCCAUGCUAUCAAGAUGAAGAAACUAAGAUUGCUUUUGCUGACUACACUGUGACUUAUGCAGACCAGCCACCAAAUACUUGGUUUAUAGUAUUCAGAGAAACAUUUUUGGUUCCUCAAGAUAUGACUUUGGUUCCCAAAGUAUAUACUACACUUCCAGUCUGUAUGCUCCACGUUGUUAAUAAUGACACAAUGGAAGAAGUGCCAAAGGUAUUCCAAAAAGUGGUGCCUUAUCUUUAUACUAAGAAUAAGAAAGGAUAUACAUUCGUGGCUGAAGCAUAUACUGGUGAUGUGUAUGUAACAUCCUCACGAUGGAAAAUGCGCCUCAUUGGUUCUUAUCAUCCACUCCCAUGUCUGUCUCGAGAUACUCCAUGUAAUACCUUUGCCAUAAAGGAAAUCAGAGAUUACUACAUACCCAAUGAUAAGAAAAUUGUAUUCAGGUAUUCAGUUAAAGUUGCAUUACCACAUCCUGUUACAAUACAGGUACGCACGUCCAAACCAGAUGCAUUCAUCAAGCUACAGAUCCUAGAAAAUGAAGAAGUUAUCGUGAGCUCCACUGGGAAGGGCCAAGUUAUCAUUCCAGCAAUUAACCUCUUGGGGAAUGAGAAAGCCUUGAGCACCCAGUCUAGCAAGCAAAUUCUUUCAACUCAUGCUUCAUUCAAGAAAGAGCAAGAAUUUUACGUUAAGAAGAAAUCUGCCCCAGGAGGUCAUAAAUCCUAUAAAAGACCUGGAAGUGCAAUAGUAGACACUGGUCAGCCUAUUUUGGAUGAGGAAACUAUCUCUGUACCCACUAUAGAAGAAAAUGCUAGCACACCACAGCAGGUAUACAAGUAUAUUAUACAGUGUUUGGUGUUGUAUAACAGUUGGCCUCUCACUGAAAGUCAACAGAUGUUUGUUCAAGCACUAAAAGACUUAGAGAAAAAUGAUAACAAAGCACAUGGAGAGAAACAUGAGGAAUUAAUUACCUUUGGAAGUCCAGAUUCCCACACUAUUAGUGAGGGACAAAAAUCUUUAGGAACUUCCAAAACAACAAGGAAAGGCAAAGAAAAGUCUUCUGAGAAAGAAAAGAUAGCCAAAGAAAAACAAGUGCCUCGCUUUGAGCCUCAGAUAUCCACUGCUCACCCUCAACAAGAAGACCCAAAUAAACCCUACUGGAUUUUGAGGUUGGUCACUGAAUACAAUGAAGCAGACUUUUUUGAAGUGAAAAAAGAUACAGAACGAGCAGAUGAAAUCCGAGCCAUGAAGCAGGCCUGGGAGAUGACUGAACCAGGAAGAUCGAUCAAGGCUGCCCAGGCGCGUCUCCAUUAUCUCAGCCGGUUCAUUAAGAAAACACCUGAUGCUGAGUGUGUGCCUAUGUCUGAAAGCCAAACCAAAGAAGGGGAAGAAGUAGAAACAUCUUCAAGUGCCAUAAAAGAGUCAGAUACAAAGAGUUCCAUGAGUUUAGAUAACAGAGAGACUAUACUAACAGGGAGUAUGCUGUGGAAGAAGUGGCAGACAAACAAGGGCUUCAAGGAUCUGGCAAAAUCAACAAGUAGUGAAAGUGAAGGAUCAUCCCCCACAGGGAAGGAAGAGCAUGAGCAGAGCAUGCAGAAGGAAAAUAUCAGGCCUCGUUCACGAUCCCCAACAAUUUUGGAAAUGUCUCCCCAACUUAUUCGAAAAAAACUAGAAUGUGUAGACUUAAGUCAAUAUGUACGAAAAACAAAUACUGAUCCUCUGCUGCAAACGGAUGAGCUGAAUCAGCAGCAGGCAAUGCAAAAGGCAGAGGAGGUCCAUCAGUUUCGACAGUAUAGGACCAGACUCCUGAGCAUUCGUGAUAUUGAGCAAGAAGAAAGGCUUAAAGUAAAGGAGCAAGUUCUGGAGAUGUACGGGGAGAUUCAGGACUCCUUAGAUGAAGCCCGGCAGAAGAUCUUCAGUAUCCGGGAACAGUACAGAAACAAGUUACUGGAAGCUGAGCGCCAAAGAUUGGAGUCUCAGGCUGCGGAGGAAGCCGCGAUCCGGCUAGAGCCAGAAAAGAAGGUCCCGGCUCCAGACACACAAAAAAAACAGAAAGGAAAGAAAAAGUGACCAGGACAUGCCCAAUACUCCCUUUCCUCCAAAGAGGGAAAACCUACUUUUAAUUAUCUAUAACUUUGCCUUUUGAUGAGAAUAAGGUAUUAAUUAGGCCAAUUGAAAAUAGACGUUUUCCCACCUUAGAAGUAGUUUCUGUGUUUUGAUGUUAACUUAUUGGUUGUUCCCAGAGAGCUAUGAUUUGAGUAUAAAAUUUCAAUAAAAAUAGUCUCAAAAUAUUUGGAAUGUAAUAAAAUGUAUGUGUCUCACUCUGAAUUGCUUCAUUUUUAGUUAGUGCCAGA